UUGAGCUGAUGUCAUAUGAAAAGCACUCUCUCGGUUUCGAAACGCGACCUGGCAAGCGUCAUAAACUGUUUUUUCCUCGAGGCGGUCUUCACCUGAAAACAAUCGCAGAGACACAGAUCCGUCACCGGCGCCGGAGGAAAUAUCAUUCAGCGCUCCUUUUCUCCGUUUGUUUUCUUAAAUUUUCAUAAAAUUUGGCCUUCCUCGACCCCUCUACUGCUAUCUGAGUGUUCCCAUUUCAAGGUUUAGGGUUUUGUUCCAAGAUAUUUUUAGAAAUGAGCUAUCGUUGUCAUCGUGGCAGUUUCAGUAACAGAAGUGCCUUGUUUUAUCCAUGAAGUUCAGAGUAGACAAAUACGGCUUAGCUAGGUUCGGAUCCUCCGAGUUUUGGAUUUCAAAACCCUAUCUGCGAAACAAGAAGGUUAAAGGGAAUUGAUAUUCAACAAUAUGUGGAUGAACCUGAAUGCAAGCGUCUAGGACAAAUUUGGGUGAAAAUGUGAUCAAUGAUGUAUAGGUGCAGGGUAAAGCUGAAUUGGGUAUGAGCUUUUCCACCAUGGAUAUUGGUUUAACUGAAGAUGAUGCAUUUUUUGAGCCUUAUUUGGGAAUGGAAUUUGACUCACAUGAGGAAGCAUAUUCAUUUUAUGAAGAAUAUGCUAGUUGUGUGGGGUUCACUGCAAAGAAAAAGAAUACAAGUCGGUCAAGAAGAACCGGAACAUUUAUUGAUGCAAAUUUUGCAUGCUAUAGACAAGGAAGCAAGAUUGCAAAACCUGGGGUUGUUAACCCACGGCCUACUCAUAGGACAGAUUGCAAGGCAAGCAUGCAUGUGAAAAGAAGACAAAAUGGGAAAUGGUAUGUGUAUAACUUUGUGAAGGAGCAUAAUCAUGAGCUUCUGCCUGCCCAAGCAUAUCAUUUUAGAAGCCGCAGGUGCAUGGAUGCCAUUAGCAAGAAACAUUUGGAGUUUUUGCAUGCUGGCCAGGUACAAAUAAGUAAGAUUUGUGCUGCAAUGCCCAAUCAGUGUGAUGGAGAUCAAACUGUUGGUUUUGUGGAACUUGUGAGAAAUCAAAUGAAAAAAGCACGUUUGGCCAUAAAACCAGAGGAAGCACAGGCUCUGCUUGAUUAUUUUAUACGUAUGCAAGAAGAGAAUGCCAACUUCUUUUAUGUGAUUGAUUUGAAUGAUGAGCAACGUUUGAAAAACGUGUUCUGGGUUGAUUCCAAAGCAAGGCAUGAUUAUUUCAGCUUUGGUGAUGUUGUUUGUUUUGAUACCACAUAUCUUACAAAGAGAUGUAAUUUGCCGUUUGUUUCUUUUAUUGGAAUGAACCAUCAGUAUGUUCCAAUAUUGUUCGGAUGUGCCUUACUUGCAGACAACACUCCAUCAACUUUUGUCUGGUUAAUGCAGAUGUGGUUUAGAGCAAUGGGUGCAGUAGCUCCAAAGGUGAUAGUUACUGAUCAAGAUAAAUCUAUGAAGGCAGCAGUUGCAGAGGUUUUGCCAAGUACAUGCCAUAGAUUUUGUUUAGGGAAUAUAUUAAGGGAUGUACCUGAGAAGCUCAGUCAUGUAAUGAAAAGAAAUGAGAAUUUUAUAGAAGAGUUUAAAAAGUGCAUUUCUAAGUCGUGGACAGAAGAAGAAUUUGAAACUCAAUGGUGGGAAAUGAUUCACACAUUUGAACUUGGGGAGGAUGAAUGGAUUAAAUCAUUGUAUGAAGAUCGUAAACAUUGGGUGCCAGUUUUUAUGAAGGAUACUUCUUUUGUUGGGAUGUCUACUGCUCAACGAUCUGAAAGCAUGAACUCUUUCUUUGAGAACUAUGUGCACAAGGAAACUACAUUAAAAGAUCUUUUGGUGCAAUUUAAUGUCUUUAUACAAGAUGGGCGUGAUGAAGAAUCUAGAGUAAAUUCUGAUACAUGGCUUCCAAUGCCUUCUUUGAAGUCCCAUUCACCUUAUGAAAAACAAAUGUCUACAGUAUACCCUCAUGAAAUAUUCCAGAAGUUCCAACUGGAGGUUUUGGGAACAGUUGCAUGUCAUCCUAGGAAAGAGAAAGAAGAUGGGUCCAAGAAAAUAUAUAGGGUCCAUGACUUCGAAGCACAAGAAGAAUUCACAGUGGCAUGGGAUGAAACAAAAUCAGAGGUAUGCUGUCUAUGUCGUUUGUUUGAACAUAAAGGGUUUCUCUGCAGACAUGCAAUGGUUGUUCUGCAAUGUUCAGCUGUGGUUGAAAUCCCAUCCAAGUAUAUACUAAAAGGAUGGAUGAAAGAUGCAGGGAGUAGGCAUAUCAUGGGACAGAGAUUGGAGGAAGUGGGAUCUAGGGCAGAACGCUGUAAUAAUUUAUGCCAUCGAGCCCUUAAGUUGGGUAUUGAAGCCUCAUUAUCUCAAGAAAGUUACAAUAUUGCACUUCAUGCAAUUGAAGAAGCAAUCGGAAAAUGUGCAAUAGUUAAUAACCCUAUAAUACACUCUGCAAAUCCUAGCAUAUCUGACCUCCAUGGUUAUUCUGGUGCUCAAUAGACCAUAAAAAGAUAUGGUAUGCCCAACUAAAGUUACCAUCAUGAUUAAGUUGCAGAAAUUGUUUUCUUUUCUUUCCUGACUGGUGAACUUAAGUUACAUCAGUCAAUGAUGAUUUGAUCUAUUGUAUAAUAAGUCUUUUACCAUGUUUUCACAUAUGCAGGGACAGUUUAAUGCACCAAUGCCUGUUAGUGAUGCUUAACAUAUUGGCACAACAGGGCAUGUGUAAUGCUAUGAUGUUCUGUGGUAUGCAUAUCCAUUGUAUACUCACGAGAAUUUUUUUUCCAUCAUUAACAUAUGAUUAUAAUAUUCUUGUUUGGGGUUCACUAUU